GUUCCUAGCAGGGUCUCCAAAAGUCCCAGAAGGUCGGCAGCAAACAAACUCUAUUUUGCGGCAAAGAUCUGACUUUGAUCGCCACCCGCGGAGCAUCUGACUGGAGCAAGCCAUCACUUACAGGUUAUGAUGAGAUGGACAAGGGAUGGACAAUCCGGACUGGGAUGGACUGGGAUGGACCGUCUCGUGGGACUUUGACGUCGUCCGAGAAUAUUCUGUCGACGUCGAGUGGCUAAGACGAUUUAGGGUCGCGAGGCGUCUUGGCCCAGGUGCUUGGCAGGGUGUAUCCGGUGGAAACGAAGUGACGUAACCUGGCUCGUUUCCCAAAGGGUCGUGGGGUGACGCGGGUGACUCAAAUCACCCUUUUGCUCAAACUGCUGAAAGAGAGCGCAGCUGCCGAUGCCAAGGUCUGCGAGAUGAGGCGCUGAUGAGAGGUGGUCUGGGGUAUAUACGACCGUCGCACACGAUGAGGCCACGGCAGAUGACAAGACGUUCGACCGUCGGCCUCCUUCUGUGACACUCCGAAGACAAGUCGACCUGCCUCUGCGACUGCGCCCGAGCCCGACGAUGGAGGUGGCCUUCUUGGCGUCCGCUGCGCAACAGAACACCAAGUCCGGAAUGGGAGGACAGCCAGGAACGGGCUUUGGCUUUGUUGGCUGAAUCCGGGACGUCCGUGAUUUGUUGGGUUGGGCAGGUGUUGUCUUAUUAUACCAGGAGAGGUUGAUGGAGGGCAACCAAGUGUUGUUGGAGCAAUCCGCGAGGGUGAGGGUGAGAGUGAGUCAAAGAGUUGGGAAAUGUAAACAGAGAGACGACGGCUGGCCGUGGUGUUUGGCCUGGGGGAGGUACCUUCAAAUAUGUACCAAUCUCCUACCUUUCUUUGAGUCUUUUGUUGAGCAAUGUGGCUAGCCUCCUCCUCGCCCGCCCCCCUCCCUCCCGGCAGGAAUUACCACAAAGACAAGUCCAUCAACACUCUGACGCGGGAUUCUGGGGUUUCAUUCCCCCAGAUGCGAUGUGCACGGCUCAAUAGUGGUGCAACAAGUGGUGUCGAUGCUGCCGAUGCACCCUCCGCUACAGGAGGCUUUCCCAUAUUGAGGAAGAUGGGGAUCUUUGCUCGUUGCGGAGGAGCCGCCGGCUUGGCUCUUUCAGCUGCAGCCAGCUCAAUUCCAACCUCUGGUGUUAGGUCCGCACUCGGACUUCCGGCGCCGAAUGAAGCCCACGCCAAGGCAAUCAAGGCCUCAUCAUGCCUCAUCAUCACUCGCACCCCCUUCACGAGGCGUCGUGCUCGACAUGGGAAAUGUGACAGGCUGGCCUUCCCACCCCUUCCUUCUCCAACAAGACGGCGCCCUGCUAGGUGCUUGCUGCUUGUUGCUGCGUGCUGCGCUGCAUAUGCACCUCAGCACGGCAUGGAGGCAGAAUGCGCGUGUGCCCCCCACGCUAGAACAGGGUCAGUUGCCAAGACCAGCCGCUUUCCGAUGUCAAAAAGCCUGGGAUGCAUCCAAUGCGUUGCUCGGCAGCACACCACCCGCCCGUUUGUUGCUGCGGAGGGGGAUGGGAUGUGGUGUGGAUGUGUGUGGGUGUGUUGGCAGAUGAGUGCUGAUGAACAACGGCAUUGCCCGUGAGGGCUCUUUGUCUCCAUCCAUGCUAUCCUCUCCUAUCUCCGUAUCUUCUCCAUCGUGUGGUCUGGAGACCAUCCACCUUUCCUUUCACUCUCACUGUCCACUGGCUGGGACGGGUCAAGGAACCCUCUCCCACCUAGGUCUCAAAGAGGGGUUGUGAAAGAUGCUGGAACCUGGAACCUAGGGGCGUAGAAACGGGCCGUUUAAAGGGCAUUAUAUUAUCCGGGAAUGGACCUAUCCUCGCGCUCUGAUCCUUGGAACACAUGAAAAGGUUAGCAAUUCGAAUGUGCAAUUGGAGUUCCAUCCGCUCAGUGUUUUGUAAUGGAAAAUAGUUGGGGGGAGCUCUCUGCUUUGCGGGGAAGGGUAGGGUUGUGUAGGUACCCCGCAGUCGGUCGCUCGCCAAAAAGUGCAACGGGAAGGUGGGGUUGGGGUUGGGUUGACCAGCUCCAGCCUACGUGCCUGCCGCCACCAACCGCAAUUACCAGGGGUCCAGGAACAAGCUGGAGGUGGAGCUCCUGUCCAUAUUUUUUUUGUCUGGAACUCAGCGAAGAAACAACAGAUGGUGCCGUUUUGCUUGUUGCUUGCCUCUUGUUGUUGUCGUUGUCCGUAGGGACCGGGCUGUCUAAGUGCUCCCCGUCUUGCUCUUGCUCCUGCUUUCUCUAGAAUCGAUACUGCCAUGGUUUCUCGUCCGGACUUCUUGUCUCUGCAUGUCCAUUAUACCCUCUGACUGCUGUCGUUUGAUUCUGCCCUUUCUCCUCCACCAUCGCCUAUCUUCCCGGUUACCCCGCUAGUCACGCUUCAUCGUUGAUUCUUCGCCUGCCACCCUCAUCGAACAGUCGACCACAUAUUUGCUAUCUGAUUGCUGGCCUUCUCUACACCUUGUCACGACUUCCUUGGAUCACGAUUGCAAGACAAGCCUCUGUCAUCGUCUCACGACAAUCUCGCGCAGCCCUCUGCACUGACAAGGGGGAAGCCAACCUGCACAAGAUGGACGAGGAAGAGAAUUCUAUCCAUCGCAUCCUUGACGCCCAGGAGCCUAUUGUGAAGGAGCUUGUGCGUGGGGAAGUCGAACAUGGGGUUCUCAUCCCACUAAAGACGACACUAGAGCUGCGAGAUGAUUACGUGACGGCCAAAGUUCUGAUCACUCGCGUGCCUCUGAAGACAGCCAACCCCGCAAUCAUGAUGUUGCGAGAGCUACUAUCCGAAGAGGUGGUUAAGUGCUUCCCUCAUCUUCGUCGAUGCGCCAAGCCUUGCGAUUUGCCUGCCCACAUCAAAGCGAAGUUCAUGAACGAGUCCCCAGAUACCCGACAAAUCCAUACCGGAAAAUCGAACUGGAUAUACAUCAUUGCAGGGCCCGAAUCCAUGCUGAACAAGGAGGAGGUCAGACAGGAACUGACCAAGCUCGACGGCAUGGAGGGCGAGGAGGUGUUCAUCAGCAGCAUCCCCGUCCCUAUGGUUGCACCUGCUUCCCAGGUUCAGGCGGCUAUGUGGUCACAGCAGUUCUGGCCCGCCGUAUACCGCAAGAACAAUCCUCUUGGACCGCAUCCUUCGAUGAUCGCCCGCAGCACGGACGAGAUCAGUGACGAUGCGGCCAUUUGGAUGAGCCUCGCACACCAAGUCGCCCACCAGUCCGAGGCCAAAGGCUAUGGAGAGGCCAUGGGCGCUUGCGUUAUCCAACGAGAGGAAGACAAGACGACCAUUGUCGCCUUGGCUGGUGAUGCUCGUUGGUGCCAGCGAGGCAAAUGCGGAGAUGGAGGCAACCCCAUGGCACACUGUGUCAUGCGUGCCAUCUCCAUGGUUGCCCAAAAGCUGGUUCGAUGCGAAAACAGACAAACUCGGACCAAUCCGGAGCCCAUUUUAGAGUACGAGUGCUUCCAGGACAAGCCCUUGUUCGAGGAUGAAAGAAAGGUCUUUGAGCUGGAACAUCCCAGCCCAGACGGCUACUUGUGCCACGGUCUUGAGAUGUACCUGACACACGAGCCCUGCGUCAUGUGUUCCAUGGCGAUACUCCACUCUCGCAUGGGCAAGGUUGUCUUUCGUCAUCGUAUGCCGUUGACGGGCGGGCUCAGCGCGGAGGAUAGGGGUUGUGGUCAUCCCUCACUUGGGGGAGCCGAUGGUGGUCGUGGUCUUGGCCUGUUUUGGCGCCGGGAGUUGAACUGGAGCUUGAUUGCCUGGGAGUGGGAGUCAGGCGGCUGCAUGAGGCCUCUAGAGGUGGACAAAGCCAUCCAUGCCUAGUCACUACGUGGGCUCUACACCUCCCCCUUUGCGGCACACACAGCUACACACGGCUCAACAACACUGGCGACGACAUCUCUGGGCGGUGUCGUCAUCACGCCUUACAUACAACAACAGCAACAAGCUAACAUGGGAGGAUCUUAUGGUGUUCUUGAUAGUAUUGAGUUUUGCAAAGAAGAAGUCGAGGGAGUUAGGUAGUCCUCUCGUACAUCCGGAUUGGCAUUAUGACGGCGCAACAAAACACAAAACAUUUCACAAGCAACAACAACAUGGACUGGGAAGCAUUUUAAAGUAUCUCAUUGCGAAGGGAUGGUGGGCAUGGAGGAUAAACGGAUAGCAAGGCGUUAGAUAGGGGGGGCAAUCAGCAUGAUUUAUAGCUGUGGUGUAAUGUAUCAACUUUCUUUCCUGUUAAUGCCCUGGCUGGUGUUUCCGUGAUAUUGGUUUGAGGGGAGUGGUGGUAAUUGAUGAAUCCUGUCCGGCAAGAUAACGACAGAGACCAACCGGCAGCACAAGACACUUUUGAAGAUAGUCUGUAAAAUUAAU